AAAAAUUACUUCUUCAAAAUUACUCAUUUACCCCUGAAUGUUGUCUAGUUAUCUUUCAAAAUUUUUUUCUCUUUACUGCACAACGUUGGUGUGUUUGUUUGGACGACUACAAUUAAUUAUUCACAAUGAUUGUAAUGAAUCUAAAUAAAACCGGGAAAUUUUCACUGUUCUUUUAGGAGAUUUCCCUUUCUAAUAAUCCCUUUAUUUCUUUAAAUAAUUAAAAUAUUGGUUAGUACUUAGUAUUUUCUUUCCGGUAACUCGUCGGAUUUUGCUUCUCUUCUUUACUCGAAAUCGAAGAAAACAAAAAUCCUUUCUUCAGUAGCUUUUUUUUUUUUUUUUUGUGUUUCUUGUUCGAGAGUUGAUUUCCUCUUUAGGUGUUUGUCUCAGUGGGGGCUUUAUCCAGAGCAACAACAGGAGAAGAUGAAUGCCCCAAUUAUUGAUCCACUCCAGGGAGAUUUUCCGGAGGUGAUAGAAGAGUAUUUGGAGCAUGGGGUUAUGAAAUGCAUUGCCUUUAAUCGCCGUGGUACCCUUCUCGCUGCUGGAUGCUCUGAUGGAAGUUGUGUUAUCUGGGAUUUUGAGACCAGGGGCAUUGCUAAGGAGCUUAGAGAUAGAGAUUGUGUUGCUGCUAUAACAAGUGUCUGCUGGUCAAAGUAUGGUCAUAGAAUUCUUGUGUCUGCUGCUGAUAAGUCAUUAACACUUUGGGAUGUUCUCAGUGGCGAGAAGGUUACACGUAUUGUUCUGCAACAAACCCCUCUACAAGCUCGUCUACAUCCUGGUUCUUCAAUGCCAUCUGUCUGCUUAGCUUGCCCCUUAUCAUCUGCUCCAAUGAUUGUUGACUUAAACACUGGAAGUACAACUGCACUCCCAGUCACUGUUCCUGAUAUGGGAAAUGGUGUUGCUCCUCCUUCUCGCUACAAGUUCCCUGAUGGAACCCCUUUCACACUGACCGCCGCAUGCUUUAAUAAGAAUGGGGAUCUGGUAUAUGUGGGAAACUCCAAAGGUGAAAUACUUAUAAUAGAUCACAAAAAUGUUAAAGUACUUGCUAUGAUUCCCAUUUCUGGUGGUGCUGUGAUCAAGAACAUUGUUUUCAGCAGAAAUGGGCAGUAUCUCCUUGCAAGUUCAAAUGAUCGAAUUAUCAGGAUUUAUGAAAAUCUUCUGCCUUUGAAAGAUGGACUUGCAGCUUUUGAUGACCUUAGCAAGACUAUUGAAGAGGAAGAUACUGUUGAGAAGAUGAAGGCUGUUGGGUCCAAAUCUUUAGUUCUUUUUCGAGAGUUUCAAGAUUUAAUCACUAAGAUGCAUUGGAAAGCACCUUGUUUCAGUGGUGAUGGUGAGUGGGUAAUAGCUGCUUCUGCUAGCAAAGGAGAGCACAAGAUCUACAUAUGGGAUAGGGCUGGUCAUCUUGUAAAAAUACUUGAAGGUCCGAAGGAAGCAGUGUUUGAUUUAGCGUGGCAUCCUGUCCACCCUAUUAUUGUCUCUGUUUCCCUGACUGGCUUGGUUUAUAUUUGGGCUAAAGACUACACUGAAAACUGGAGCGCAUUUGCUCCUGACUUCAAAGAGCUUGAAGAAAAUGAGGAGUAUGUAGAACGAGAAGAUGAAUUUGAUCUGGUGCCCGAAACUGAAAAGGUGAAAGAGUCAGAUGCCAAUGAAGAUGAUGAAGUUGAUAUUGUGAAUGUGGAAAAGGAUCCAUUCAGUGAUUCAGAUAUGUCACAAGAAGAAUUAUGCUUCUUGCCAGCCAUUCCUUGUCCUGAUGUUUCCGAGCAGCACGACAAGUGUGUGGGAAGUUCUUCAAAGUUGAUCGAUAGUAAUCAUUCUGGAUCUCCUCUUUCGGAAGAGAAUGGACAGAAUGGACAAGCAGCCAACAAUGCCUCAAGUCCACUUGAAGAGGACACAGGAGGAACACGAUUGAAAAGAAAGCGGAAACCUUCAAAGAAGGGGUUGGAGUUACAGGAAGAGAAGGUCAGGAAGCCCUUGAAACCCUUGAAAUCUUCUAGUAAGUUAUCAAAAACAAAAAAUAAAUCUGUUGUUGAUCAGGAUUAUGGCAAUGAUGUAUAUGUGGGUGAUGGCUCUGAUGAUUGCUAAUAGAUCAGAAUUGUCAUAUAUUUGUUUAAACUGGUGAAGGAAAAAGGAAAAAGUGAGAGAGAAUGAGAAAACCUGCAGCUGAACAGCUUAGAGCUAUUUAUCAAAUUUCUUUUGGAGGAAUUGGCAAAUGAGAUUAUUAUCUAUAGAUGCAUAUCUAACCUAGUUAAAUGACUAAAUUCUCCACAGAGCAUCGAUAAUUCUUGUUUUAGGCAAUAUCAGACAUUGUUAGGGUAACGGGUCAAUUGUAUAUCUAAACACCAACAUAUAUGGUGGUGGCUAUUUGUCUUGUCACUUGUUUAGUAUAUAUAACUUUUAACAAACAGUCUGGAUUUUUAGUAAUUUUAAAUAGGUCGUAUUCACGUCAUCCUAAACUUUGCAAUUCGUGUAUUCAUGUUGUGUAAAACACUGGUAAUUCAUGUAUUUA